GGGGGGGAGGAGAAGUGCUGUUAAUCAUAGUUAUAAAAUAGAAGCACCAGUCGUUUUUUCAGUCCGCUUCUUCAUCAGAAGAACUACUGGACGAAUGGCCACCAGCUUAUCAAAAGGAAUGGUACGGAUUAAUUGACCCAACCUAUCAGCUUGCUAUGUCUGGUCCGACGUUUGAGGUUAUUUUUCAUGAAUAUCCGGAGCUGUUACACAAGUUUAUCACCGUAUGUGAUGUUUUUGCACGCAUGUCACCCGAUCAGAAGCAGCUGUUGGUGAAUAAGCUUCAGGAAGUUGAAUAUACCGUCGCUAUGUGUGGCGAUGGUGCAAAUGAUUGCGCUGCCUUAAAGGCGGCACACGCUGGCAUAUCAUUGUCCGAAGCAGAAGCAUCAAUUGCAGCACCUUUCACAUCACGAAUCCCCGACAUUCGAUGCGUCCCAAUAAUAAUUCGACGAGCAGCAUUGGUGACAUCGUUUGGAAUGUUCAAGUAUAUGGCAGGUUAUUCGCUUACCCAGUUUAUUACGGUUCUUUUGCUGUACUGGCUUAGUGGCAAUCUCACCGAUUAUCAGUUUCUGUUCAUUGAUUUGUUCCUGGUGACAGCGGUGGCUGCAUGUUUUGGCUAUACACCACCAUGUGAAAAGCUGUCCGCUUCAAGGCCGCCAACAAAACUGCUCUCACUUUCAACAGUUUGUUCGAUAUUGGGCCAGCUUCUCAUUGUCUUCUUCUUUCAACUGCUGAUCUUCAUUAGCACAGCAGCGCAGCCAUGGUUCGCUCCGUAUGCGGUGCCAGUUGGUGUUUUGCCUGAUGACAAAAAAAGCAUGCAGGGCACUGCUAUAUUUUGCCUCUCAUCGUUCCAGUACAUAACACUGGCUGUUGUGUACAGUAAAGGACCUCCGUUUCGCAAAACCCUAUUCAGCAACACUCUUUUUGGCACCUGCUUGGGUUUGUUUUUGUUACGUUUUCUUAUAGAUUCGCUCUUAGAUGGCGGUGAUAAAAUUAUUUGUAAAUCAUCGUUUUCUUUACUUUCACCUGCAAAUUGCGUAAAAUUCAUUUAAUU